AUGGGUUUUCGAGAUAUGAAAGGCUUCAACAAAGCUCUGUUGGUAAAGCAGCUGUGGUCGUUGAGUCAGCGGCCGGAGGCACUUAUCUCAAUACUUUUGAGAGCAAAAUAUCACAAACAAUGCACGAUUUUGGAAGCUCGGCUGGGCGGCCAACCUAGCUACAUUUGGCGGAGCAUCAUAGGCGCUCAAGGAUUCUUAUGCCAGGGCCUUCGCUGGAGAGUUGGAAAUGGAGCACAAGUCAGAAUUUGGGGCGAUAGUUGGCUGCCUGAUGGGGAGGUCGCGUUCAUUAAUUCAGCCCCCAAAGUGCUGCCGGUUGACUCCUUUGUUCGUGAACUCAUUGACCCGGUAACAAAUCAAUGGGAUGUCGAUUUAGUUGGGCGAUGUUUCCCGGCGGAGAUUGCAGAAGUGGUUUUGGCUAUCCCUCUCCGUUCCAACGAUGAGCAAGAUCGGCUAAUUUGGCGGCAUAACUACCAUGGUGGCUACACUGUACGAGAUGGCUACAGCAAAUGGCUGGACGAUUUCAAGCAGAGGGAAGGAAUAGUGACGCAAGGCAGCUCCGAUUUUUGGAAGAAGGUCUGGAAGCUUAAUAUCCCACCAAAGGUACGGCACUUCCUAUGUAAGUUCAUUCGAGAAAUUUUGCCGACGGGUGUGAAGGUCAAUGCAAAGAAUGACCAACGCAGCGAGACAUGCCCUUUCUGUAAUGAACUCGAGACUCAGAAGCACUAUUUUCGCGAAUGUGCGUGGAGUUCCAGGAUAUGGCGGGCGUCACCUUUCGCGGAGCUGUUCGAGACCCAGAACGUUGGGAAUUGCCUUGAGUGGGUGGUUGAGGUAAUGAAAGAGGCCAAUCAGUCGACGGUCGAAGGUUGGGCGAUGCUCCUGUGGGCACUGUGGAAGGCAAGAAAUGCGCAACUAUUUAAUGGCGCAAAGUGGCCGGAGCAUGAAAUCAUCCUGAAAUCCCAGAGUAUUUUGGAAGAGUACCAAAUGCAGCAACAACGGAAUUACAAUAUACCCGCUAGUACUGAGCAGACGAAGUGGAGAAGACCACCGACAGGCUGGACAAAGGUCAAUACAGAUGCAGGGAUGUUAGCAGGAGGAGGGUUCGGACUGGGGGCGGUGAUUCGUGAUCACAAUGGCAGGUUAAUAGUGGCGUCCGCAAAGAACAUUAGAGGCUCAGCGCCAAGUUUGGGAUCACUCCUUCGCUACAUCAAGACCAUGGCUGUCCAAUCGGUCAUGGAACUGGACAUCCCAAGCGUGGUCCAGAGCCACGGGAAGCCCAUCACCGUCGGCGAGCUGGGCUCGGCCCUGAAAAUUGCACCGGCCAGAACCCCUUUCCUCGCCCGCCUCAUGCGGAUGCUGGCCCACAUGGGCUACUUCGUGGAGAAUCUCAAAGACGGCGAUGAUGAAACAGCCACGAGCUAUUCCGCAACGCUGAUGUGCGGGUUUCUGGUCAAAGACAGCCCUUUCAGCGCUGCAACGUGGUUCGUCCUGGCCAACGACCCGAUCGCGGUGGACCCGUGGCGCUUGGAUUCGUCAACACCCCCGCCGCCGCCGGCGUCGAAGAUCUCCCGUUCACCCAUGCUCACAACGGGAAGAAGCUGUACGAGUGUGGGUCCCACUUCCGAGGACCUCGCGGAGGCCUUCCCGGGGAUUCACUGCACCGUCUUCGAUCUCGCCCAAGUGGUCUCUCCGGCUGGUGACGUGUUUCAAGAAAUCCCUCCAGCUGAUGCCGUCUUCCUCAAGUGGGUACUGUGCGAUUGGAGCGACGAAUCAUGUGUGAAGAUACUGAAGCAAGCCAAGGAAGCGGUGACGAGCAGCAACGGUGGGGUAAAGGUGAUGAUAGUAGAAAUGGUGGGAGGGCACCAGAGCUGCAGCGAUCGUGAAGCCACUGGAACACUCUUGUAUCUUCACAUGUUCUCACCUCUACCAGUUCAACUUCUCGCCGUCGUCAACGUCCUCGCUGCCAACAUCCUCGCCGCUGUCAAUCUCCCGAUUCGCCUUCCCUCCGCCUCCCAGCAAUGCAGCAAUCCAUCUGGGUUCGAGGCUUCAAUUAGGUCAUCUGGGUUCGAGCCUCUUUCAACCGCCGUAAAAGCAUCACGAGAACAGGGAGUCGCGCUUGCUGCCACCGCACUCUUCUAUUGCGAGACCUGUUUCUGUAGCCGCCAUCUUGCUACCGGAGAGCAGUACAGAUCUUGUGUCAACGACCAGUAG